AUGAAGUGGAUGUUUAAGGAGGACCACUCGCUAGAACACAGAUGCAUGGAAUCCAUGAAGAUCAGAGUGAAAUACCCCCACUGGAUUCUGGUGAUCAUGGAAAAGGUCUCCAGCUCUCAGAUUGUUGACAUUGACAAGAGGAAGUACUUGGUCCCAUCUGACAUGGCUGUGGCUCAGUUCAGGUGGACCAUCAGAAAAAGGAUCCAGCUUCCUUCCGAGAAGGCCAACUUCUUGUCUGUGUACAAGGCAGUCCCACAGUCCAGUCUAGCUAUGGGACAGCUUUACAAGAAAGGAAAAGAUGAAGACGGAUUCUCGUAUGUGGCCUACAGCAGAGAGAACACUUUUGGCUUCUGA